CUCCAAUGUCCAGUCACGUUACCCUGCUUGCUGCCACACAUCACUGGGUGUGUAGCAAGCCCCUCGCCGCUUAUAGGCGCCCCGCGUCGCGAGGUUGGCCUUGACGACUCCAUUAUCGACACCACACGACUCACCACACAACUGACCACACAACCCACCAAACGACUGGUCGGCUAAUGGACGACAAUUCCUCAGGCGCCCCCAAGCUCGGCCCUCCCAAGCGCUCUGCCACCGAUGCUGCGAGCACUUCAGCCUCCAAGCGCUCCAGGACCGUCAACACAGGCACGUCAUUCAGCCAAUCGGCGAGAACGCGCAUCAUGACGGACAGCAACUACCAGUGCAUGAACUGCGAAGCUUUCAACGUCCAAGUUGCCCAUGUCUUUGCACAGGUGGACAAAAACUUGAACGACUACAAGAACUUGUCCAUGACGCAUUUGAACGGCCACAGCGACUUCAUGAAUGGCGUGCUGCUGUGCCCAAACUGUCACAAGGCGUACGAUCGUCAGUGGAAACCGGAGCUCCUCAUUGUCCCCAAAUACCUCGAAUUCUUCAUCGAGGCCGAGAAGAACGCCCAAGCACAAGGCACGCGGGUCCCUCCCACCUCGGACAUGUACGCCGAAUAUUGCAAGGUCCGCGACCAGGCUCUGGACAUGGCCAAAGGCGGGCAGUAUACCCUCUUCAUAGACGCCGACUUUCUCGGCCCCUUGAGCCUCCGCAAGGUCGGAGAGGGGAAAGAUGCGCAAUGGACGGGAGAUCCUAUGGCUAUGUUGUAUCGCGCCAUGAUCGCCUCGUGCCAGAUCGUUUCGCCGCGGGGGCUUCCAUGGAAGGUGCACAACCAGUUGGCCACGCUGAAGGACUUGUACAGGACCGGCAACGAUACGUUAUAUGCGCGUCGUGAUGCCGGACAAGGUGGAGGUGCCGGACGAAGUGAAGAUGCUGCUGGACAAGGUGAAGAUGCUGCUGGACAAGGCGGAGAUGCUGCUGGACACGAUCGAGGCACGGGAGCACACCCACCAGCUCCACCUCAGGCCGGGCCUCCAUCGUCCACCACACUCUCACCCGCCCACGUCGACAACAACAUGAAUGCUCACGCUGUUACGGGCAUUCAACCGCCGCUGUCGUCUUGCACAACAACCCCUCACAAACGCCAACUGCGAAAGCGAGAGCAUACAGACGAUGGACCUGACUGCUCGCGACGCUCCAAGUGCACCAAGCUCGAAGCAGGGCUUACUGCAGAAGAUACCACCCAUGAACGGACAGGCCUCGAACACGUCUGGGACCUGUUCUUGAGUUCGUCGGACCUCCUCAACCCCAAUCAGAAGUGCGUUGAUGUCGACACGCCUUCAGUUGACAUGACCGCCGUCGACAGCCUUGCUGACGCUGCGCCCACCCCAAAGCUGUACAAUCCCGACAUGGACAACAAAAGGUUUUGGAGAUGGGAGGGCCGCACGUCGCAGGACGCUGCCGAAUACUGGAAAGCCGUCUUUGUGCCGCUGUAUGCGCCUAGGAAGGUCGGUGAGAUGGCUGACGCUGGGACUUGUCGUUGAUGUCGCGGUAGGCGGUGGUACAUUUGCAUAGAUUUCAGUACUUGGGUGCAGCGUCUGGGUUGGACAUCUGUUUCAUUUCUAGCUACUGUGAUGACUACAUAGACUUUUAGACAUGAAUUCCAACUCUUCAAAUCG